AUGUACACUUCUGCUGCUGCAGCAGAUUUGCUCGAGGACGCGGACGAAACAGCCAGCAGCAAAAGGCAAGUCGCAGCAGCAGCAACAACAGCAGCAGCAGCAAAUGAAGAAGAAGAAGCAACAGCAGCAGCAGCAGCAGCAGCAAUGGAGGGAGAUCCAGCAGCAGCAGCAGCAACGGAGGGAGAUCCGCAAGCAGCAGCAGCAGCAGCAAUGGAGGAAGAUCCAGCAGCAGCAGCAGCAGAAGUAGCGCGGGAAGAAGAAGAAGCAAAAGCCGCAGCAGCAACAGCAGCAGCAGCAGCAACAGCAGCAGCAGCAGCAGUGAGAAGCAACGAAGAAGAACUGCUGCUGCUAUUUGGAGACGCCAGCGUUCGCAGAGCCCCCGUCUUCUACCAACUCUCCGCCCACGUCCUCAUGUGCAUAGCCCUCAGCAUUAUUCCUUUUGUAAACACUGUCACAUAUUUGGAAAGAAAACUUUUGUUCAUGCACGAAGUCGCCGACGGCUUCUACUCCCCGGGGCCCUACUUGCUUGCAGAGGGCAUAACGAGUUGUUUGGUGAUGACGGCCACACUGCUGCCUUCGCUUUUAAUUGUUUUCGCUUUUUGCAAUUUUCCCUUUGACAGAUUUCCUGCUGCCUUUCUUAUCUACUUUAUUUUCGAAGCAGGUUUGGGGCUGGCGGAGGGGUGCAAGGGUUGGCAGGUUUGCAGCCUAUGCGCGAGAAGGUCUGUGCUUGCUCCCCUCCGUUUUCUGUUGUUUUUGUCUCCUUACUUUUACCUUUUCGAGGGUUUGGCCAUUGCGCUCUACGACGACAACGAAGCCAUUUUUGGGGACCCCGAGCGCGCGGCCACGUUUGGCUACUACAGCGCACAAGACUUCUUCUCGGAUUAUGGAUUAGGAGAGCUUGCUGCAGCUGCUGCUGCUGCGGGCCGGGCUGCUGCAGCUGCUGCUGCAGCUGCUGCUGCAGCUGCUGCUGCAGCUGCUGCUGCAGCGGCUUGUGCUGCUGCUUAG